UGGUAUAGAAAUAGGAAAAUCAAAAAAAAAAAAAAACAUUUCUCAAAAUUUCGGCGCCUCCAUUUUACAGCCUUUGAAAGUUCAGACAAAAAAUGGGUGUUAAAGAAACCGACCCGCUUUCCCAGCUCAGCUUGCCGCCGGGUUUCCGGUUUUACCCGACCGACGAGGAGCUCCUCGUUCAGUACCUCUGCAAGAAAGUCGCCGGCCACGAUUUCUCCCUGAGGAUCAUCGGAGAAAUCGAUUUGUACAAGUUUGACCCGUGGGUUCUCCCAAGCAAGGCGACUUUUGGCGAGAAGGAGUGGUAUUUCUUCAGCCCUAGGGAUCGGAAAUACCCGAAUGGGUCGAGGCCCAAUCGGGUUGCUGGGUCCGGGUACUGGAAAGCCACCGGAACUGAUAAGGUGAUCACCACUGAAGGGAGAAAGGUUGGGAUUAAGAAGGCUCUGGUUUUCUACGUCGGAAAAGCUCCCAAAGGAUCCAAGACUAAUUGGAUCAUGCAUGAGUAUCGCCUCUCUGAUGCUCCUAAGAAAACUGGAAGUUCUCGGCUGGAUGAAUGGGUGCUGUGCCGGAUUUACAAGAAGCAUUCAAGCGCUGAGAAAGCCAUCUCCGGCGGGGUGCCGAGUAAGGAGCAUAGCCACGGCUCGCCGUCGUCGACUUCCUCGCAGUUCGACGACAUGCUGGUGGCAUUGCCAGAGCUCGACGACCAGUCUUUCGUGCUUCCGGCGAUGAACAAUCUGAAACAGGAAGAACAGGUGGAUCUGCAUGAGCUGGGCCCCAUGAGUUUCGACUGGAACACCAUCUCCGCCGCCCAACCCACUCUCCCGGAUUUCUCUGCCGGCGCCGUCGCCGGAAACCAAGUUUCAGCUGCUCAGGUGACCGGAAACGGCGUGAACUACCAAAAUGACGUUUUUGCCCAUGCUCUGGCGAUGAACUUUCAAGCCCCAGACGAUGAAGUUCAGAGUGGGCUCAGGAGUUUCUUCCUCCCACAGAGCUUUUCAAACUCACCCGACCCGUUUGGCAUCCGUUACCCGACCCAGUCUCCCAGCAUGGGGUUCCGACCGUGAAUAUCAGCAAAGUUUAGGGGCCUGUAUAGCAAAAAAAAAAAAAAAAAAAACUCAAGGGCUUGUUUGUUUGGAAUAGAAAUGAGUGUAAAGGGAGGAAGAAAAAAGUUUACUGCAUUUUGUUGUUUGUAUGCUUAGGUUUAUAUUAGAAUGCACAGACCAAACAGUGAACCAAGAAUGUCUUUUGUCUGUCCAUUGCACAAUAAAUCUCCAUCUGUGUUUUGUUUUCCAACUUUCAAUGAUAUAUGUUUUGUUGUGAUUAAAUUAA